GUGGAGAUUUUACAAAGGGCGAUGGAACUGGAGGUACAGUACCUUGUACGACUGACUCAGAUAUAUGGUGUGUGUAAUAUUUGGGUCAUUCUAGGAUCGAAGAAAAUGUAAUACAUAAAAAAUCUUAUCUCGGUUGACUGUCGGACGUUCCGGAUAUGAUGUCAUAUAACAUCAAUAGCAAUUCUUUUUCCUUUCGUUUUUGCUUGUCUUCCCUUAAUUUAUGCCGGUAUAUAUAAUCACAUAUGCGAAGUGUAUUUAUAAAUACUUGCAAUUUACCAACUGUAGCAAUGUUUUGGCAUAACUUAUACUGUAUACCCAUCCAUAAUAUUAAGAGAUGGCGAAGACCAGCAUUGCUAUUGGGGGUCUGCCGAAAAUUUGCCCGACCUUCGUGGAAUUGCGCAACCCAAAAAAAGUUUUCCCCUUGUAUAUUUUCCGAAAUGCUUGUCGUGGAGGGAGAGGGUGGUAGAGAGGGCAAAAACAAACAUUUUCAAAAAUACAUUAACACAUUUUGAAGCGUUGCAUAUAUUUCUUCCUAUUUAGUCCACCAACUUAAUGCGCGCCGCCCGACCAGAAAAAUAUUGGGGGGGGGGGGUCGCGUACGCCUAUGUUGGUCAUUAUUGGGUGUGUUGGUAACAAAGACAAUCCUACAAAGAUAAUGAGUUAGCAUGCAUAGGCACCCAGCCAAACUCUUUUCAAGAUAGCAUUGGCGUCCAUGUAGAUGAAACUUUCAUUAUCUGAAAGAUUUUGAAAUAUUGCGUAGAAUAAAUCUAAAUCGUAUUCUCACCAGCACCAUUUCUCAUUUUCAGGUAAAAGUAUUUUUGGCAAAUAUUUUGCGGAUGAAAAUUUUAUUAUUAAACAUUAUGGAAGCGGUUGGUUAUGUAUGGCAAAUGCUGGUAAAGAUACUAACAAUUCACAGUUUUAUAUCACAUUGGCAAGGACAGCUUGGCUGGAUGGUCAUCACACUUGUUUUGGAAAAGUUCUUAAAGGAAUGGUAUGCUAUUGCUAGGUUUCGUAUUUAAGCUCUGUAUGAAACUGUUAAAAUUUCAAAAUUUUCAUCUACAAAUCCCUUCAACAAUUAGUUAUAUCGAGUGAGAUGGGGGGGAGGGGGGGGGCAUGCAUUAGAGGGUGCUAGGAGGGGGUUAGAGGGGGGAGGGUGGUAGAUCAAGUUUCACGUGAAGAAAAACAGCCGUUUCACUUUUACAUGUAGAAAACUAAUAAUUAGCGAAACUUCUACCAGACUAUAUAUAUGGUUGAAUUAACCAGAUUAUAUUAGGUGGAUUAUUAACCAAGAAUUCUGGUUAAUUAAUUAGUUGCGAGUAACGUACCAGGACUGUGGUUAACCAGGAUAUUUAAACGGGAACACUAAGUUACCCCAAACAGUGUUAAUUUUGGAUUAACCAGGAAAUUUUUAACAAAGGUGUUCUGAGAGUGUAUAUUACUUAACAAAAAUGACUAAAAAUUUCACGUGGCAUUCCUACGAUCCUCUCUUCAAAUCACUCGAAAAACUAAGUUCUUGCAAUAUUUUGAUGGUAUCUUUGAUGAUUUAAAUGACUGGUCGAUCUUCUCUAUUUCAGAAAAUUGUGAGAAAGAUAGAAGCAGUACCAACGGACAAUCAAAGCCGACCAAAAUCUCCUGUGAAAAUAGUCAAUUCUGGAAUUCUUGCACUCGACAGGCCAUUCGAAGUUGCAAUGACCAGUGUUUAG